CUGAAAGGCCCCGGCCGGCCUACCUAGUAGUACCUCGCAAGGCCAAGGAUCACGAAAAAUGCGUUGGGUUGCACAAAAAAUGCUACAUUCCGGAAGUUUUACCGAAAGUGACUGCGGUGUUUCACGUGCGCUUGCGUCGACAAGAAGAUUUGUGGUGGAGAAGAAGCCUAGCAUGGUUACAUCUCCGUUAUGAAUGGAGCUUCGUCGCCCAAUGGCUUGCCCAUUCAAGGACCAAUGACUAAUGGCCAGCAUGAGCCCAGCAAUGGGCCCGAGUCACCACAGAGUCCCAGCGUCGGCGAGGGCUCUCCGGUACCGGACGACUCCCUGCCACAUCCCGGACAAGUAUAUUCCGUAACCGUGGUGGCAGCAUGUGGUUGUUGCUUGCUGUGGGCAGUGCGUGCUGACAGUGACAGUGAUGAGAAACGAAAGAAGAUCAAGACCAGGUUGACGGAGUACUCCGCCGCCGGCGACAGUUCUCAGCGGCUUGCAGACUUCAAUGUGGGUCGUAUGUGUGCUGCUCGCGGCCAGGAUGGAGCGUGGAGACGAGGUCGUAUCAGUAGUCCGCCGUUCGCGGUAGGCGAGAGCCAUUGGAGCGUCUCUGUUCAAUUCGUGGACGAUGGUGUUUCUGAAGUUCUUGCCACGAGUGGCUUGCUGCAAUUGCCUGAGGAUAUGCUGUUGUCUGUUGUACCAGCCCAGGCAAUAAAGCUAUGGUUACAUGGGUUGUACCCAUCUACGGAGGGCCAGCACAACAGCGAGAUGGCUAUGUCAGUCCUGAACAGCAUGACGCAGGGCCAGAAGUGUGAUGCUGAAGUGUGCCAUGCAUCCAGAGAAGGUGUCAUCUAUGUACGUCUGACCAAGGAUGGGCAGAGCAUCAAUGAUGCAUUACUCACUACGCCGUUCGUCGAACCAUACCAAGGUAGAGGCGGAAGUGCUGGUAGUAAACGUGCCAACGAGUCAUUUCCAAAUAGAAGUAACAGUGCCGCCAACAAGAGACCGUCGACACCUGUCACUCCGGGUAUGAACCGUGGUCCACCUCAAGCAGUGAUGCCGGGAUAUUCGGCUGUCCGCAUGCAGGGCCCCAACAGACCAACGACAAGUGGCUUUCACAAAGGCAUUGGCACAGACCCCAGUGGCUACACGAUCAUGCAGCUAACUGGUAGCCCUACUGAUGUCCGUCUAUGCUCAAUCACAGAGUUUGCCCACUUCUCUGUUCAGAUUGUCCGUCCAGAUCUUCAGCAGGGUCUACAACGCCUCAACAGUGAUAUGGAUGCGCUUCAUGCCCGGACGAAGAAUGCUAGUUACACUCCUCGUGAGGGCGAUAUCUGCUGUGCCAGGUUCAGAGCUGACCGCCGAUUCUACCGAGCACGUGUUGAGCAUGUUCAUGCAGAUGGUCGUGUUGAUGUUACCUUUGUGGAUUACGGUAACCGAGACAGUGUGCCUGUCAGCGACCUGCGGCACAUGAAACGUGAAUUUGGUACACUCCCGUUCCAGGCAAUCUCCUGUGCACUUGCAGGCGUUGUUCCGGCAAAUCCUGCAGGCGUAUGGCCACCUCCUGCUCGAGACAUGCUACAGCGUCCUGGACGACUUGUCGCUCGUCUUGUCAUACCACCGUCAUCACCAAAGAGUCCAUGUUUGGUAGAACUCUACGACCGUACACCAGGAUUCAAUGUUCUGCUCAAUGACGAGCUGGUACUUCGCGGCCACGCCUUGCCUGCUGAUGUGACUGCACCUUCACCUGUUUUAACUGCACCCACUACACCCGUGUCGCCCACCAGUCCCGCUCCAGCCACCUUCCCAAUAUCUACCACAUCCGGAAACAGCACUGCUCGCACUCUGCGUGAUGACCGUGCUGUGCAGCUAACAGCAGGCAAAGUCUAUAGUGUGGAAGUCGUGUAUAUUCACCAUGUCGGUAUGUUCUACUUGCGUCUAGCUGAUGAGACACUGAGUCAGCAGCUUGUCGAGCUUAAUAAUCAUAUACACGAAGUGUGCUCAUCUCCAUCGAGUUACGACGCAUCUUUCCACCCGUCUGUCGGUGAAUUGUGCUGUGCGCGCUUCAGUGAUAACGGCCGCUACUAUCGCGCUAAGGUCCAUCACCUGUGUCUGGGCGACACCAAGGUCGUUGUGUAUUAUGUUGAUCUGGGUCAGAGAGAAGUCGUCUCCUACACUGAAGUGCGGCCAAUGACUAGCUCAAUGAUCCAGUUGCCUUUCCAAGCCAUCCCAGCUAGUUUCUACAAUCUCACCAAGGGUACUGGCCAAUGGCCUGAAGAAGGCAAACGUCUUCUCCACCAGCUAACAAAGAGCAAGGCUGUCCGCUGUGUGUGCCAUGGUGGACAGAUGACAUACAGGGUGGAACUGUUUGACGAUGCUGAGCAGGAGAGCCCACUAGAUAUCAGAGCUGCUCUUCAACUCGCUGGUGUGGGACGAAUCAUCACCACAGCUGCUGAUGCAAAAGCGGCCGCUGCUGCAGCAGCAGCAGCCGCGGCAGCCACCAGUGACAAGGUUGAAACGAAUCGUCUUCAGUUGUCAACCAUGUCCUUAAAUCGCCCAUCAUCGUCACAGCAGCGCUUUAUGGUAGAAUCGUUGAAGAGAGCAGUAUUACCGACUGAUGGGUCACAUGUUAAUGUUGUCGUCACCGAUAUCACUAGUCCGUCGCUCUUUUGGGUUACGUGUGUGGAUAAUGUUGGUGCUCUAAACAACUUGCUACAAAGUAUGGCCACAUCUUAUCCGGCUGAUGCGGAACCACAUCGACCUCUAGCUGGUGAGGUGUGCGCUGCACGAUUCUCCGGUGAUGGUGCCUGGUACCGAGCUUUAGUCACCAGCGUGGCAGACACAUUCAUCCAGGUCACGUUCGUUGAUUUCGGUAACUCGGAAACAACAACAAUCAAUGCUCUUCAACCCCUCCGGCCAGAGCACUCCUCGCUUGCACUGCAGGGUAUCCGCUGCUGUUUGGCUGGCGUUAAGCCUAUGCAUGGUGCUGAGUGGGAUGCAGAGGCGACUGGACAGUUCCGACAACUAACUGAGGGUGUUCGCCUUACUUGUCACUCAACAUCGCAACGUAGCGGCCACCGCUUCUCCAUCCAUCUUGCCCUCGCAUCAGCCCCUAAUGAAGUCAUCGCCACACGCCUCAUCUGCUCUGGCUAUGCCGCAAGCAACACUUCAUAGUAAGAUUCAUCCUGAUCAUAAAUCCUUUUUGUUGCGAUUUCAAUACUUCUCGUGUUGAGCUCUCAUGUAAAGCACCAUGCAUAUCAUUUCCUUUCUGUCAUUCUAACAUCCUAGCCAAGAAGUUCCACAGUCAUAUUCAAUUGAAUAUGAUUCAUCUUAGUGUCCAAAAUCAUAACCUUUUUUUCCGCGAACAGUAGUCCCUUUGGGACGUUUUCUUUUUGAAAAAGCAAGAAAUAUUUGAAGUAGAUCUGCUAACCCUAUCAAUGCUGCCAAAAAAAGGGCUUUGAUCAGGCCCACUGUACACAAACAAACAUGUUGUGAACCAACCACUGAAAUAUAUUUUAGACUGUAAUAAUAGUAAUGGCAUCAUACUGCCUUUUCCCCUUACAUGGAUACUCAAUAUUAUUUCUUAUCUCGAGGUAUUUCGAAAGAUACCACCCAUGUUGUUUGAAACCAUCACUUUGCCUCCUUUU